AGAGAGAGGGACAGAGAGAGAGAGAGAGAGGUCCUCCAUUCAUCAUUGAUCCACUGCAGGACUGUGUUUCAGGGGGUGUGAAUUAUGGGCCCCUGCUGUCACUGUGCCUGCUCUGCGUUGGACAUUUCACCUCGCCACUGUAAAUUCAAAAACGGGAUUACAUUUUGCUGACUACUGAUUUCAAGGCAGUAGCUUGACCAAGUGCAGACAACUGGCCGGUCCCCCCCGCACCCCACCCCACCCGGCAGAAGACUUAAUACAGUCCGCAAUUGCAGGAUGUGGGAUUUUGCAAAGGUCUGAACGAGGCUGUCGGGAAAGAAAACGUAAUCUGGAUCACAGAAAACCCUUAUAGGUCUCUGUUUGCACAUUUACGCUACGGACUCUUUCUCUCCAGGGGAGGUGGGGGGAACCGUCUUGUAGUUGACUGGGCGUUUUGGACGCGCUCGGUAAACGGUGAUGCUACGGCGACGCGCAGGAACCGUAGAGGGGAAGAGACAGGUGAGGUGCGGCUGAGGAGCUGCUGUUCUUUCAGUGAGGCUUUGGAUACCGAGAGCCGCCGUAUCCAUCCAUCACCCUUGUCUCCGCGGAGAAGAAGAAAAGCGACCGGAGAGGGCGAGUUGGCGACUGGCACCUGCCUCAGCUUCCCUACCUGGCCAUCUGGUGCGUGCAUGUGUGCUGCUGCCAUGGCGACCGUGGCUCCUCCCCUCACAUUUCUUCUCCUGCUGCUUCAACUGGCUGAUGGCUCAUUCCCAGAGGAGCCCAGUCCUCUCAGCUAUGUCCCCGUGGAGGUGGUGAGGAGGUAUCCGGUGUUCCUGGGCAGAGCUCACCGUUCAGCUCAGAGACAGGAGCUGCACAUCCAGACGGUCCUCCAAGUCAACCGCACGCUCUACAUAGGAGCCAGAGAUGAUUUGUACAGAGUGGAGCUGGAUAACAUGGCAGGUGAUGAGAUGUUCUACAGCAAGAAACGGACAUGGGAAUCCAAUAAGAAUGACAUUCGAGUGUGCCGGAUGAAGGGCAAACAUGAGGGAGAGUGCCGUAAUUUCAUCAAGGUUCUGCUCAGCCAGCAUGGUGGCCUGUUUGUAUGUGGAACAAACGCCUUCAACCCACUGUGUGCCAACUACACUAGAGACACUCUAGAAAUGGUGGGAGAACCUGUCAGUGGGAUGGCACGGUGCCCAUAUGACCCACGACAUGCCAAUGUGGCUUUAUUUGCAGAUGGAAGUCUCUUUACCGGUACUGUGACAGACUUCCUGGCCAUCGAUGCGGUGAUCUAUCGAAGCCUCGGAGACAGCCCCGCCCUCCGCACAGUGAAACACGAUUCCAAAUGGUUCAGAGAGCCUUACUUUGUGAGCGCCAUGGAGUGGGGGCCUCAUAUUUAUUUCUUCUUCAGAGAGAUGGCCAUGGAGUUUCAUCAUCUUGAGAAGGUGAUGGUGUCCCGUGUGGCUCGUGUGUGUAAGGCAGACCUGGGGGGCUCUCAGCGUGUCCUUGAGAAACAGUGGACCACGUUUCUAAAGGCACGGCUCAACUGCUCCGUCCCGGGAGACUCUCACUUCUACUUCAACCUCCUGCACGCCACAAGCGAAAUCAUCCACAUGCAGGGACGAGACGUCAUCCUCGGUCUCUUCUCCACGCCACCAAACAGCAUCCCCGGCUCUGCAGUGUGUGUGUUCGACAUGCAGCAGCUCGCUCAUGUGUUUGAGGGCCGGUUUAAAGAGCAGAAAUCCCCGGAGUCUAUUUGGACUCCUGUACCGGAUGAAGCGGUGCCUAAACCGAGACCAGGGGGAUGUGCAGUGCAGGGAUCCAGAUUUAGCUCCUCUACCACGCUGCCAGACGAGGUGCUGAACUUCGUGAAAACCCACCCGCUGAUGGACGAGACCGUUCCACUACUGGGACACAGACCCUGGGUGGUCAAGACCAUGGGGCGGUACCAGCUGACAGCCAUGGUGGUGGACACAGAGGCUGGUCCCCAUAAGAACCGUACUGUCUUGUUCCUGGGCUCCACCAGAGGAACCAUCCUCAAGUUCCUAAUGGUUCCCACAGGAGAUUCUGUGUCUCACAGCAGUGUGUUUCUGGAGGAGGUGGAGGGAUUUAACCCAGAGAAGUGUGGCGAGGACUCUCCUCAGGCCCGUCAGCUCUUGUCUCUCUCUUUGGACCGCAUCAGCCACACUCUGCUGCUGGCCUUCCCCUCCUGCCUGGUCCGAGUGCCCACGUCUCGCUGCCACCUGCACUCUCGCUGCAUGAAGAGCUGUCUAGCCUCCAGGGAUCCUUACUGUGGCUGGACCAGAGGCAGCACCUGCUCCUUCCUGAGACCAGGCACAAGGCUGCCUUUUCAACAAGAUGUGGAAUAUGGAAACACCACCUCCCAUCUAGGAGACUGUGAUGGAAUUCUGCAGCAGAGUUUGCUGAUUGAACCGGAGAGCCUCGUCUCUCUUAACCUGCUUGUGGCGUCUGCAGUCUCUGCGUUCACCAUCGGGGCGGCGCUCUCCGGCCUCGCCGUGUGCUGGAUCAUGGCCCACAAGCCCGCCAACCGCCGCCACGCCAGCACCACCCAGUCCUCUAUCCAGCGACGCGAAAGAGGCCUGCUGAGUAACGGCGGCGGGAUGGGAGGCUCCGUGCUGAGCGUAACACGGCAGGGAGGCGGGGAGCGCCCCUGCUCUCAGGGCGGGGAGACCCUCUUCGUCAUGCCCAAUGGCUGGGUGAAAUCAGGAGAGCUCGACCCAGGUUUCCUCCCCACCCCGGAGCACACGCCCCAGCAGAAACGCAGAGGCCUGCGACUGUCUGACUCCAAUUCCGGAGGUUGGGACACCAGCCAGACGUACCUGGGGGGAGGCUCCGUGGGUCUGGGUUCACCCUGCCGCAUGCCCCCCUCUGUCUACCUGACCACCAGACUGUUCCAGCAGGGGGGCGGCGGGAGACACGGGGGCGAGGGCCGCGGGAACGACACGCCACGCCAGCACUACGUCUGCCUGAGCAAGCAAGAAAAAGGAGGGAAAGGGACACCCAAAGCCCCGCUCAGGAAGUCUGCAGGAGAAUAUGUAUACCCCAUGACCCCCCAGGACUCGCCCGAGCGUCGGAGGGUGGUCUCGGCACCCAGCGCCCCCGUUGAGUAUGGCGAGCCGCUGCCUUUGCGUUGGCCGGCCCAGGAAGGAUACAUCCUCAGCAGCCACGGCAUGGUACCUGUCCCCCUGCCUCCCCCCUCCAUCCCUGCUCCCAGCAGCCAGGCAUAUGUGUCCCAGCAGCAUACCCCCGGGCUGAGCAGGGCUCUGCUGAGAGGGGCCCUGGAGCGAGGGGAGCUGGGCGAGCUGGUGGAUCUCAGCCAACUGAUGAGUAAGAAGAACUGCAGUGAUAGGACUCAGACUGGCCAGUGACUGUUGAGGAAAUGAAGGGGACGGGAGUUUCUCCAUGUUUGGAGCUCUCUGUUUCAUUUACUUAGAUCUCUCUUUCCUCUCAUUCUGCCUAUCCCUCUCUCUCUUCUCUAAAUCUUUUUUCCGUUGUCAUUCAGUCCCUCUGAUCUCCUCUGUCAGUCUCUCAGGCAGCCCCCCCGUCCCCCCUCUCCUCCACACACACAAACACACACCCACCCCCCCUCCCCAUUCCACCCCCUGAUGAGUCUCCCCUUAUGACUGGCUGCUGGGUCUGCCACUCAUAUCCUGGCUCGCACUAAUUGGUCCGAUGGACUGAGGUUGUUGCUGUGUCUGCAUUGCAGAGUUGCCUCUCUCUCUCUCUCUCUCUCUCUCUCCCCUGCCACUGAGCAGCAUCAGGAAGAGAGAGGAGAGAGGAUGGAGAGGAAAGAAAGAAAGAAAGCAGAAUGGGGGGCAGAGAGGAUGUGGACAGAGAUGGACACAGCACUUAGAGGCUGCCUUCUCUGUACAGAUUAACUGAGGCUGCAGAGCCAGUCAAGCACUGUGCUGCAGGAGCGGGAUGCUUUCUCCCUCUUGGAUAACAUUAACAAGCCUGCCACCCAUCUGUUCCCGACUAUAGUACCUGUUGGUCUGAUUGCCAACUAGGUACUUGAAGUGAAAUUGCAAAUUUUGAGCACCGUAAAUGGAUACCUUUCUGAAUAUAUGAAGCUCUAGAUGACUCGUCAGACAGAAACUGAAGUCAUUCUGACUGUAAACACGAAUCUAAUGGAUGAUGAGGCGACACCAGCUCCCUCUCUCCGACUCUAUUUCUCUCUCUUUCUCCCUGCUUCACACUUACAGCAGGUGCAUACAUGUACAGCAUUUGUACAGGUGGGUAUUUAGUAUUCCGUGUAUAUGAAAGGAAAGACGCGUGCGCCAAAUGCCUCUAACCUGUCUCACAGGGAUAUGGGACCAUAACUCACAUCUUUGGAGGGCAGGAGUGCAGGACUGAAAUGUCAGCAGUAUUUCUGCCAACCGCAUGCUCUCUGUAAUGACGGCAUCUCGGCUGUCCAUCGCUAUGUUUGUUUGCCUCCCUCCUCACCAUGUACUCUUUAAUGACUAAUAAUUCCAUGAGCAUGCCGGGAGGAGUUUCACCACAACACUGGACUGAAGGACAGAAAGAAAGGAGGGAAGAGAGAGAGAGGAGUUUUAGAUAGGUUUGAGUAAAUGUACAGCAAUAUAUGAACACCUUGUCCUUCACUGUCACCUUAAGGUUUUUCCACACACACACACACACACACACAUUCAUUAAUGCUGCAUUACAGAACACAGUCUGGUUUUAUUGGGCAAAAUUCCCCCUUAAGCCCACAGUGGGUCAAGGUCCCACAGACAUGAUACAGAAUAAAGUGACAGUUACAGCGGUGAUGAUUGAAACCUCUGGCUCAACUCAGAGGCAACGGGGGUAAUGGAAAUGUUCCCUGCAGGCAAAUGGGACCAUAUAUUCAGCACAUCAAAGUGUCCAGUUCUAUGAAAUGGUCGGCAUUUAGAUCAACACAACAUGGUUUGAGUGUGUUAGCGAGGAGAUGGGAGUCAUAAAAAGAGAGAGAGAAGAUAAAGAAGACAAAAGCAGAAAUGAAAGGCGACUUAAUGAAAUGAAAUGAAGCGCAACAACAACAACCGCGGAAAACAAUGAGAAUAUGGUUUGUUGUAGCCGACCAGAGGACCUGAUUUUCACUCUGAGUCAAAGUCAGUAGAGUGAACGCUUGUUUGUGGCUGAUCUUGUAGUGAGCAGCAAUAUAUGGUUUAUCUGUACAUAGUAAACUUUAAUUUAGAUAAAAAUGAUAAUGUAAGACAAACAGUAACUCCAAAAAAUAAAAAUAAAAAAUAUCAGGCAUUAGCUUGCAAACAAAAAUAAA